AUUUUAGAGAAUUUCUGGAGGGUGGCUGUGAUAAAAAUAUAAGGGAUCACAUGGGAAGUUGUUGCCUUAGAUGGGUCUGACCCUUAUUUAAGACGCACUCCGUGUUUUUGUAAAAAUCACUCAAAGAAAAUACAGUCACCAUUUUCUUCCUCAUUUGGCUUUCGCAAUUGGCAGAGGAAGAAAAAUGGCGAAAAACAGCAUUCUUGCUCUUGUGAUAAUUUCCAUUUGCCAAAUUUUAAUCAAUGUGGACGCGUUCACGGCUUCUCCUUGGUAUAAUGCUCAUGCUACUUUCUACGGAGGCAGCGACGCCUCUGGAACAAUGGCUGGAGCAUGUGGUUACGGUAACACUUAUACGACUGGCUAUGGGGUAGCCACGACAGCUUUGAGCACUGCAUUGUUCAAUGCAGGGGCUUCAUGUGGGCAAUGCUACAGGAUCAUUUGUGAUAAUACCAAUGAUCCACAAUUUUGUAUUAAAGGAAAGGAGGUUACAGUCACCGCAAUUGACUUUUGCCCGCCUAACUGGUCCGAACCAAGCGACAAUGGAGGGUGGUGCAAUCCUCCCCGCCAGCAUUUCGACAUGAGUGAACCUGCUUGGUUAAAUAUUGGGAUUUACGUUGGUGGGAUUGUGCCAGUAUUGUACCAAAGGGUCCCAUGCAAGAGACAUGGCGGAAUGAGAUUCACAAUCAAUGGAAAUCCUUGGUUUAACCUUGUAUUGAUAAGCAAUGUGGGUGCAGCUGGAUCUAUUCAAGCUAUAUCAAUCAAAGGCUCAAACACUAAUUGGAUUCCCAUGUCAUGUAACUGGGGAGUAAACUGGCAAUCCAGUACCUAUCUCAUCGGCCAAGUUCUCUCCUUUAUGAUCACAGCAUCCAAUGGAGAAGUCGUUCAAUGUGUCAACAUUGCGCCUUCAAAUUGGGGAUUCGGCCAGACCUUCUCAGACAAAGAUUGUCAAUUCUAAAGUCGAAACUUCAAAUUUCAGUGUUCAAGGUUGAGGGUUUGUGGUUUCAAUUGCUGCGGCGAGCUUUUUUGUUUUUUAUCAAAGCAGCCCGGCCGCCAUUCUUUCUUGGUAUUCUUGAGCUAGACAAAGCUCUGUGUCAAUAGAGUGGAUAUAUUUUCUGGAUAAAAGAAUUUGGCACCUUCACUCAGUGAUAGUAUCUCAUCGUUUGAUGUGAUACGUUACAUACGUAUCCAUUUUAAAGAACAAAAUUCCAUUCUUAACUUGGGUGAAUCAUUUUUAUUUUUAAAGGUAAAAUUGAUCCAGAAUGCUUGACCUUGUGCAACCUUUAAUAAAUGCACUUACAAACCUACGACUUUGUAAAGGGAAAAGCUAGCUUCCUGCUUUAGUAAAGUCCUUCAUUAUUUACUUGUUAUCACCUAUCAUUAUUAAUCAUUGUAUCCUUUCACAUUUGAUUAAUAAAUUUUUUUCGCUCUUAAAAAAUAAA